GACGGCGGCGCCGGCGCCAACGAGACGGAGCUGUUGGGUUGUCUCCGGGCCAAGACGCCGUUGGAGUUGGUAGAGCAAGAGGCGGCGGUGUUGCCUCAACAAGGCAUCUUCCGCUUCGCCUUCGUGCCGGUGGUGGACGGAGACUUUUUGGUGGACACCCCCGAAGCGUUGUUGGGGGCCGGUGGGCGCCCCGAGGCCGAGGUGCUCCUGGGAGCCGUCCAAGAUGAAGGCACCUACUUCUUGGUCUACGGGGUGCCGGGUUUCGGGAAAGACAACGAGAGCCUCAUUAGCCGGGAGGAGUUUUUAGGGGGGGUGAGGUUGGGGGUACCCCAAGCCAACGAGCUGGCGGCGGAGGCGGUGGUCUUGCAGUACACCGAUUGGUUGGACCAAGACAACCCCGUGAAGAACCGAGAGGCGUUGGAUGACAUCGUAGGCGACCACAACGUGGUCUGUCCCCUGAUGCACUUCGCCCAACGCUGGGCGGAGCGGGGCGGGACGGUUUUCGCUUACCUCUUCGACCACCGAGCGUCCAAUCUGCUGUGGCCGCCGUGGAUGGGGGUUCCUCACGGCUACGAGAUCGAGUUCGUCUUCGGGCAACCCCUCAACCCCGCCCUCAACUACACGGCGGAGGAGGAGCAGCUCAGCCGCAGGAUCAUG